AUUCCUGUUCAGCGUUCAGAGCUCGAGGAAGCACAGCAGUUCAUCUGGUCCUCAGACUGUCUGGACGUCCUGCUGAAGUGCCUCUGAGCCAGAAGCUGAAUCUGCUCCAGGAUCCGAGAAACCUGAGAGUCAUCGAUCAUGGAGGGGAGGCGGGGUCUGGUCCUCGGCCUCAUUGCCAUAGCAGCCUGUUUCUAUGGCAACACCGCUCAGAGAACAGUGUGCACUCAAGAGGCCGUCGCUGACAUCGUCUUCAUGGUUGACGGCUCCUGGAGCAUCGGCUCUGACAACUUCGAGAAGAUCCGUCGGUUUCUGUCCACACUGGUCAACAGCUUUGACGUGGGUCCAGAUCAUGUCCGCAUUGGUCUGGUCCAGUACAGCACAAUACCACGCACUGAGUUCUUGCUCAACACCUUCGAGAACAAGAAGGACAUCCUGAGCUACAUCCGCACACUGCCCUACAUGGGGGGAGGCACCCAGACCGGACAGGGGCUGGACUUCAUGCUGAAGGAGCACUUUGUGGAGGCUGCUGGGAGCCGGGCUGAUCAGAACGUCCCACAGAUCGCAGUGGUGAUCACAGAUGGCCGAUCGCAAGACAAUGUUGAGUCUCACGCCCAGGAACUGAAGAAGAAGGGUAUCGUCCUGUAUGCAAUUGGCAUCAAAGACGCCGAUGACGAGCAGUUGAAGGAGAUCGCCAGUGAGCCACAUAGUCAGCAUGUCUACAGCGUGUCAGACUUCGCGGCUCUGCAGGGGAUUUCGCAAAAGAUCGUUCAGACGCUGUGCACAACUGUAGAAGAAGCCAAACGACAACUGCUGCAGUUAUCAAAAGAAUGUGCCAAAGCUACCACUGCCGACAUCGUCUUCCUGAUCGAUGGCUCCACCAGCAUCGGCAUCACCAACUUCCAGGAGAUCCGUAAUUUUCUUAAAAGUGUCAUCUCAGGCCUGGACAUAGGUCCUGACAAAGUUCGGGUCGGUGUGGCUCAAUACAGUGACGACCCUCAUCAGGAGUUCUUACUGAAGGAUCACAUGGACAAGAGGUCUCUGCUGGAUGAGGUGGAUAGGUUUCCCUACAGGGCAGGAGGAACACAGACCGGGAAGGCCAUGGACUUCAUCCUGAAGCGGUACUUCACCACAGAGGCCGGCAGCCGGGCCGAUCAGCGGGUUCCUCAGAUUGCGGUGAUCAUCACAGACGGAGACUCCACAGAUGAUGUGGUAGCUCCAUCCCAGGCCCUGAGGCAGCAAGGGAUCAUCAUAUUCGGCAUUGGGGUGGGCCAGGCCAACCUGGCAGAGCUGCAGUCCAUCGCCAGCCGACCUCCAGAGCGCUUCCUCUUAACUAUAGACAGCUACCAGGCUCUCCAGAGGCUGACGGAGGGUCUACUGCAGACUGUCUGCAUCUCCGUGGAGGACCAGAGGCUCGCCUUGGCAGAGCGGUUUGCAGACAUCUUCUUCCUGGUGGACAGUGGUGUAAGUCCAGCUGAGUUCCAGCAGGUCCGGACCCUCCUGACCCGACUGGUCAACCAACUUAACAUUGGCGCUAAUGCCAACCGGAUUGGUCUGGCCCAGUAUGGUCAGGACACCCGGGUUGAGUUUUUCCUCAACACUCACCAAUCCAAAGAGGAGACCCAGAGUGCGGUGCGGAAAUUCCGCCAACGUCGACUUCCAGCCAGUGAGCCACGAAACCUGGGUGCUGCUCUGCAAUAUGCUUCCACAAACUUCUUCGGCAGUGAGGUAGGAAGCAGAGCAGAACAGGGCUUCAGACAGUUCCUGGUGGUUCUGAGUGGAAAAGACUCCGAUGAUUCAGUCUACAGGGCGUCUCGUGUGAUUAAAGCAGAGGGAGUCACCGUGGUGGGAGUCAGCCUCGGAAUUUCCAUGAAUGAACUGCGAGUGAUUGCCACCCAACCAUAUGUUUACCCAUCCAUCACCAACAUCGUACCUAAUCUGAAGGCGACGUUUGAGAGGCAGGAGGAAGUGAUCUCUGUCACCGGAGAUUGCAAAGCAGCCAAACUGGCAGACAUCGUGUUCAUUGUUGACGAGUCAGGAAGUAUCGGAACACCAAACUUCCAGCUGGUUCGUACCUUCCUGCAUUCCAUUGUCAGUGGUCUGGAGGUGAGUCCGACCCGAGUUCGGGUCGGUAUUGUGAUGUACAACACUCAAGCCAAGGCACAGGUGUACCUCAACACUUUCAGCGACAAGGCCGACCUGCUGAGGUUCAUCAAGAUCCUGCCGUACCAUGGAGGAGGCACCAACACUGGAGCCGCCCUGAACUACACCAGAGACAACGUCUUCACCAAGGCCCGAGGCAGCCGCAUGGACAAGGGUGUCCAACAGGUGGCAAUAGUGAUCACAGACGGAGAAUCACAAGACAAUGUGACUGAUGCAGCUGCCAGUCUGAGACGAGCUGGAGUGACCGUCUAUGCUUUAGGAGUGCAGAAUGCCAACAGGAAGGAGCUGGUGGAGAUGGCAUCGCAUCCAGCCAAUAAACAUGUGUUUGUGGUCGACAGUUUCACCAAGCUGAAGUCUGUGGAGCAAAAUUUACAGAAAACUCUGUGCCACAACAUCUUCCGCGAAGCAAUCACAGUCAGCACAAGGAGAACCGGCAUUAAAGAAGGCUGCGUCCAGACAGACGAAGCAGAUAUCUUUUUCCUGAUCGACCACUCAGGCAGCAUUUACCCUUCAGACUUCCAGGACAUGAAGAAGUUUAUCAUUGAGUUUCUUCACACAUUCCGUAUUGGACCGGAUCACGUCCGCCUCGGAGUUGCUAAAUAUGCAGAUGAUCCGAACCUGGAGUUUGAUCUGACAGCAUACACGGAUGUUAAAGCUCUGGAGAAAGCAGUGUUGGAGAUCAAACAGGUCGGCGGUGGGACGGAGACCGGGAAAGCUCUAGAGUUCAUGGGUCCACAUUUUGACAGAGCAGCCACUUCCCGUGGGCACAAAGUUGCAGAAUACCUGGUGGUCAUCACAGACGGAAAGUCCUCAGAUGAGGUCAUCAUUCCUGCUCAGAAACUGAGGUCACAGGGUGUUAUAGUCUACGCCAUUGGGGUGAAAAAUGCAGAUCAGGACGAACUGAGGGAGAUCGCUGGAGACCCCAAGAGGACCUUCUUUGUCAAUAACUUUGAUGCCCUGAAGCCUAUCAAAGAUAACAUCAUCACAGACAUCUGCUCCUCAGAUGCUUGUAAAGAUAUCCCAGGAGAUCUGAUGUUCCUGGUUGACAGCUCUGGAAGCAUCUAUCCAGAAGACUACCAGAAGAUGAAGGAUUUCAUGAAGUCUGUCAUCAGUAAAUCUGUGGUUGGAAGGGAUGAAGUUCAUGUUGGUGUCCUGCAGUUCAGCACCAUCCAACAGUUGGCGUUCCCUCUUAACCAGCUCUACACCAAAGAGGACACGUCCAGAGCCAUUGACAGCAUGCAGCAGAUUGGAGGAGGAACACACACUGGAGAGGCCAUCACCUUCAUAUCACAGUACUUUGACGCAGCCAGAGGAGGGCGUCCUAACCAGAGGCAGACGCUGGUGGUGAUCACCGACGGUGAGGCCCAGGACCAGGUCAAAGGACCGGCUGCUGCUCUCAGGGCCAAAGGAGUCGUGAUCUAUGCCAUUGGAGUGGUAGAUGCCAAUACCACUCAGCUGCUGGAGAUCAGUGGAGCCCCUGAACGGGUUUAUGCCGAAAGGGACUUUGAUGCUCUGAAGGACCUAGAGAGCCAUGUGGCCUUAGAGAUCUGUGAUCCAAACAGAGACUGCAAGAAGACAGAAAAAGCUGACAUUAUCUUCCUGGUUGACGGCUCCACCAGCAUCACCCUGAAAAAGUUCAGAAGCAUGCAGAAGUUUAUGGAGUCCAUGGUGAACCAGACCACUGUGGGCAAGGACCUGACCCGCUUUGGAGUCAUCCUGUACUCCACUGAUGCCAACUCCAUCUUCACCCUGAACCAGUACACCACCAAACGAGAAGUCCUCAGAGCCAUAUCAGAGCUCAAAUCACCCUUUGGGGACACUUACACUGGAAAGGCACUGGCCUACUCUUUAGACUUCUUUAACCCGGAGCAUGGUGGCCGGGCAGCACAGAAGAUUCCUCAGAUCCUCAUGGUUAUCACAGAUGGAGAUGCUACAGAUCGUCACAAUCUGGAGGUUCCAUCCAAUGCUCUGAGGGACCAAGGAAUCAGUGUGUUCAGUAUCGGAGUGGAAGGAGCCAAUUUAACACAGUUGGAGAUCAUGGCAGGACAGGAAAAGUCCAGAGUCUUCUACGUCGACAACUUCGACGCCCUCGAGACUCUGUAUAAGAAUAUUACGCAGGUCCUCUGCAAUUCCACCAAACCAGUUUGUGAGAAACAGAAAGCAGACCUGGUCUUCCUCAUUGAUCAGUCCGGCAGCAUCGCUCCGACAGACUACACAAUCAUGAAGAAUUUCACCACAGAACUGUUGAGCUCCUUUCAAGUCAGUCCAGACCUGGUGCGGGUUGGACUGGCCCAGUUCAGCAGCACCUUCCAGAAUGAAUUUUACCUGAACCAGCUGACUACAGAGCAGCAGGUGGUGCAGCAUAUCCUGGGCAUGAGGCAGGUGGGAGGAGGCACCAACAUUGGCCUUGCUCUGGACUCCAUCAGGGAAUAUUUUGAGGCAUCGAGAGGCAGCCGUAAGUCUGAAGGGAUCUCUCAGAACCUGGUCCUGAUCACAGAUGGGGAGUCGCAGGAUGACGUGGAGGACGCUGCCGACCGCCUCAGGGAGAUGAGGAUUGAGGUGUUUGCCAUCGGCAUUGGCGACGUCCAUGACUUGGAGCUGCUACAGAUAACUGGAACACCAGAGAGGCUGUUCACUGUCCAGGACUUUGGCAGUUUGGAAAGGAUCAAAAAGAAAGUGGUCAACACUAUCUGCAAGUCCAAACCCAUACCACCAAGUGGCAUAGUGUCAGACUGCACCAUUAGCAUCGCCAUGGGAUUCGAUAUUUCUCGGAGAAGCGGAUCUUCUGGUCAGAUGCUGGUCAGCGGUCACACCAAGCUCCAGACCUUCCUGCCGGAGAUCGCCCACUACUUGUCCACAGUUCAAGGUCUGUGCUGCGUCACAUCUGCGGUCCAAACCAAACUGGGUUUCAGGUUGGUCAGUAGAGACGGACGCACCCUUUAUGACACAAACUUCGAGCCAUACAGUGAGGAAGUGGUGACAAAAGUCAUGACUCAUCAGAUGACGGAGCCCACGUACUUCAACAGUGCUAUGUUGAACUCUUUUAAAGAAAAGUUCAGCGGAGAGAUUGGAACAGGAGUGAAGGUUGUGGUGAUUUUCUCAGACGGACUCGAUGAAGAUGUGGUGAGACUGGAACAGGAAUCAGACCUGCUGAGGAAGUCUGGAGUCAGCGCUCUUCUCAUCGUGGCCUUAGAAGGAGCUCGAGACCCCGUUCAGCUGCAGAUGGUGGAGUUUGGACGAGGAUUUGGAUACAAACUUCCUCUGAGCAUCGGCAUGCACAGCGUCGGCAGCACCAUCCUCAAACAGAUUGAUGCCGUGGCGGACCGCGAGUGCUGUGGAGUCAUGUGUAAAUGCUCAGGACAUGAAGGAAUCCGCGGCUCUCGGGGCCUCCCGGGGUCAAAGGGGGCGUCUGGACAGAAGGGUUACCCUGGCUUCCCAGGAGAGGAAGGCGUUGCUGGUGAACGUGGUUUUCCUGGACCCAGUGGACCUCAGGGAGUCCAGGGCUGUUCAGGACUCAGAGGACCAAAGGGUUACAGAGGUCUCAGAGGAAACAGGGGUGAGGAUGGAGAAACUGGACUGGAUGGAGUCAGUGGAGAACAGGGAGUCGCAGGAAAAGAUGGAGCACGAGGAGACAAAGGAUACCCAGGAAACCCCGGUAUCCCAGGUAUCCGAGGAGAGGCGGGUAUAAAAGGACAGCGAGGACUGAGAGGAGAUCCGGGUGAAGCAGGACCUGAUAACAAUGUCCCAGGACCCAAAGGCGAUGCUGGAAGCCCUGGUUUACCGGGUACACUUGGACCAGAUGGACUACCAGGAGAGAGCGGCAUUGUGGGAAACCCGGGUCCAGAUGGAAGAAGAGGUUCACCUGGUGACAAGGGAGCACCUGGACAACCUGGAGAACCAGGACUUUCAGGAAUCCCAGGAGCAUCUGGUCCUCAGGGCCCCCGAGGGGUCAGAGGUCAACCUGGACCCAGAGGAAUCCCAGGUCUACCCGGUCCUCAGGGAGGACCGGGAUCAGCUGGAGGUCCAGGAUUAGCUGGACGCCGAGGAGGAAACGGACAGAAGGGUCAACCAGGUGAUCCAGGUGAUAAAGGUGCUCCCGGACCUCGGGGACCCAGAGGACUCCCGGGUCAGGACGGUCGAGAUGGGUAUGGACCUGCAGGACCUCCAGGUGUUAAGGGAGAUCCUGGUUUCCCUGGUCAUCCUGGUUUACCGGGCGAGGUGGGUUUUGAGGGACCUAAAGGACUCCCAGGACGUAAAGGAAACCGAGGCCGAGGGGGGAACUCAGGACUGCCGGGAGAGUCAGGUUUUUCUGGAGACCCAGGUUAUCCAGGACACAAGGGUUCCAGAGGUCCUCCAGGAAACAGAGGCAUGACUGACUGUCAGUUGAUCACAUACAUCAGAGACAACUGUGCAUGCUGCUUCGAACGAGUGGUGUGUCCUUCCUUCCCCACUGAGCUGGUGUUCGGUCUGGACAUGUCAGAAGACGUGACCCCGACAGCCUUCGAGAGGCAGCGUUCCGCCCUCCUCUCUCUGCUGGAGGACCUCACUAUUGCCGAGAGCAACUGUCCAAUGGGUGCCCGGGUGGCCGUGGUCGGAUACAGUGCCCAUACCAAGUACCUGAUCCGCUUCAGCGACUACCGCCGCAAGAGCCAGCUGAUUGAGUCAGUGAAGAACAUCGCCCCGGAGAGGACGUCCAACCGGCGUCAGCUAGGGGCCACCAUGCGCUUUGUGGGUCAGAACAUCUUCAAACGCAUCCGUUCAGGAGCCACGAUGAGAAAGGUGGCCGUGUUCUUCUCCAACGGACCAACGCAGGACACUUCUGACAUCGUCACCGCCAUGAUGGAGUACAGAGCUUUGAACAUCGUCCCUGCUGUCAUCUCUCUGAGGAACGCCCCUGCAGUGGAGCGAGCACUGGCAGUUGAUGACACAGGAAGGGGCAUCUUCACAGUGCUGGGCCGAGACAUGGCUACAGACCUGAGAAAAGUCAAAACCUGUGCCAUCUGCUAUGAUCCAUGCCGGCCCUCUGAGCUUUGCGCCUUCAUCCAGGAGCCCCUGAGGCCUCAGGAGGUGGAUGUGGACCUGGUCAUGGUGGCCGACAGCUCCAGAGAAAUGCAGGCCGACGAGUACGCUGGAGUCCAGCAGCUGUUGGGGUCUGUGGUGGAACAGCUGGCCGUGAGCCCACAACCCCGUCGAGCUGGAAACCAGGCCCGGGUUGCCGUGGUCCAGCAGAGUGGACCGCGACCCGCUAAGUUGGAGUUUGGUCUGCAGGCCUACCAGAACACAGACCUGAUGAGGACUCACCUGAUCCAGAAAAUGGCUCAGCAGAGCGGUUCAUCAACUCUGGGACAGGCGCUGGACUUUUCCCUGAAUGAGGUCCUCCUGAAGGCGACCCAGCCCCGCAGGAAGAGGGCUAUCAUGGCUGUGGUUGGCACCCAGACCGCCUAUGAGGACCGGGACCGACUGCACUACAUGUCCCAGAAGGCCAAGUGUGAGGGGGUGGCGCUGUUCGUAGUGACAGUGGGACACCGCUACAACCGCAGCCAGGUGGAGGAGCUGGCCAGUCUACCUCUACAGCAGCACCUGAUCCACCUGGACCACCUGAAGGCCCAUCAACAGGACUACACCCAGCGCUUCUUCAGAGUCUUCCUCUCAGCCCUCAACAAGGGCAUGAACACUUAUCCUCCUCCGUCAAUCCAGAGAACCUGUGGACAGCUCGGCGGACAGAUAUUCUUUGACCGUCAGGGCCCGGUGUUGGAGGAGGAGGUAGAGGUGGUGGUAGAGGAGGAGGAGGUCUGGCCACAGGAACACACUGGAGUUAAGACUCACAGUGGUCAGCUGGAUGUCAUUGAGACCCUGACCAGAGGAGACGGACAGACAUUUGUCUCAGGGUCUGAAGUCAAUGCCCGGUGUCAGCACCAUGUUGAUACUGGGAUCCAGUGUGACGACUAUGUCCAACAGUGGUUCUUUGACAAAGCCAUCGGUGCAUGCUCUCCCUUCUGGUUUGGCGGCUGCGGCGGAAACGCCAACCGCUUUAACACGGAAUACGAAUGUUUCCAGACAUGUGGCUCCCAGCAUCCAAGCAUGAUGUUGAAUCCACCACAGACUGAACUCGUCUCCAGAGAUGCCUGUUUCCUGCGUCAGGACCCUGGCGGUUGCCAUAACUACACCAUGAUGUGGUUCUUCGACACCGUGCAGAAUGAGUGCUCUCGCUUCUGGUACGGAGGCUGUGGAGGAAACGGAAACCGCUUCAAGACCCAGAUGGAGUGUGAGGGUCUGUGCGUAACCAAGAGCCGAUGAGGAGACCAGGACCUGGAGGACAACCCCACCCCCCAGUCCGGACCACCAGAACUCAGAGGAUUCUGGGACAGUAUAACUCAGGGCUCCAGACCUGCUGAGUCUAGUUUAAAUCGUAGUCACAGAGACCAGACUCCGCCCCCUCUGUGAGUAACUGUUUUUACUGUCAGACUCUGAAUCACAAACCACUUGGACACAACAAAGCUGUUAAAUGAGCGUUAACCUCUAGUUUAGGCUCACGUCGUUUCCUUCAGAUCAGCAGCUUCUUCGACAUGAGAAAUAAGUUUAGAUUCACACCACGUCUGUUUCCGCAGCAGAGACUGAAGCUUAAACUAGGUCUGGCCUCGUGUUUUACUUCAUCUUUGGUUUGAAGACAAAUGAUCCGCUGAUGAAUGAUGGCACUGAACUGAACUCUAAUGACCCCGUUUACGACAACCUCAGCCUGGUUCUGGUUCUGGGUCUGGUUCAGAAACUGGUUUGUUUUCCCACAGACGACAUCUUCAGUCGUGUCUAAACUGAAGAUCUGGUUUUAAAACCUGUUUCUGUUCUAGAUCUAGAUCUGGUUGAAUUUACAUUUUAACCCUUUCAUGCAUGAAUUAUGAGACCCCUAAUCAAGAUGAUUUUUUUCCUGAGUGUUUUUAUUCCUCUUUAGGCAUGAAAAAAAACAUGCCUAAAGAAAAUUUUCUUCUGAACC